CUUGUCUUCAUCCGCGAAUAUGCGAAAUUUCGAGGCACAAAAGCGAUGUGUCAUGCAGGUGAUUGCGGUGCUUGUGUCGUAAGUGUAACAUUCAAGGACAAAACGAUAGCCGUAAAUUCCUGUCUUGUAUUGGUAUUAACCUGUGACAGAUGGAAUAUUGUAACGACUGAAGGUAUAGGUAACAAGCGAGACGGUUAUCAUGCAAUUCAAGCUACACUUGCUAAAAAAAAUGGCUCGCAAUGUGGAUAUUGCUCUCCUGGCAUGGUGAUGAAUAUGUACAGUCUCGGGAAAGGUUUGUCUAUGCGGCAGAUCGAAAGUUCAUUUGGUGGCAACAUUUGUCGAUGCACUGGAUAUCGUGCAAUUUUGGAUGCAUUCAAAGGACUUGCCACCGACGCACAUCCAUCAACGGUGAAGGAUACUCAAGAUAUUGAGGAGUUAUACAAGAUCAAACCUUGCCAGAAAAAUAAAAUGCCAUGUGUACGUAGUUACUACGAUAAGCAACCUUCCGAUGAAAAAAAAAUGUUGAUCAUAAAGUUAAAGGACGCACACUUCUACAAAGUUACCACGAUCAAGGAUGUAUUUACGAUAUUUGAUAAUAACCCAAACGCUACAUAUAUAUUAAAUGGAGGAAAUACUGCACAUGGUGUUUAUCUUUCUAGCAAAAAAGAUAUAUACAUUGAUAUAAACGACAUUCCAGACUUGCAUAAAAUUUUAAAAUCAGAUAUUGAUUUGGUCUUAGGAGGAAGUCUAACCCUUACUACCGCACUAGAGACGUUUCAGAAAUAUUCAAAUGAUACCGGAUUUAAAUAUCUAAGGCAGUUGGCCCAGCAUGUAGAAUUAAUUGCAAACGGCCCCGUGCGAAAUAUUGGCACAAUAGCCGGGAAUUUAAUGAUGAAACACCAGCACAAUGAGUUUUCAUCCGAUUUGUUUUUGAUGUUAGAGUCUGUCGGUGCUCAGGUAGUUGUCCAGGAAAGUCCCUCUGAGAGUCAAAUUUUUUUCUUGUUCGAAUUUCUAAAUAUCAGGAUGGAUCAUAAAAUUAUCAAUAGAAUUACGCUAUAUCCGCUACGUGAUAACUCGUACCAAUGCAGAUUCUACAAGAUUAUGCCUAGAGCUCAGAACGCUCAUGGUCACGUCGGCGCCGGCUUUCUCUUCCCAAUCGACGAGAACGGCAAGGUGUUGAAGUUGCCUAACAUCAUUUUCAAUGGCAUCAACAUGCAUUUUUUGCACGCAAAACAGACCGAGGAACUGGUGGUCGGAAAAUCUAUCUUCGACAAAAAAAUACAAAAAUUAAUUAUGGAAAUGUUACAUGUCGAACUGCAACCAGAUCAUGUGCUCCCGGAUUACUCCCCGGAAUUUCGCAGGACUCUUGCCGAAGCAUUACUUUACAAGUUUUUUUUAAGCCUCCAACCGGAGAAAGUAGAUCCAUUUUAUCGUAGCGGAGGCACCUUAUUAGAACGAAAUGUUUCUUCAGGUAAGCAAGAAUACAACACGCAUAAGGAGUUAUGGCCAGUGAGUAAACCUAUGCCAAAAUUAGAAGCUUUUGAGCAGACAUCGGGCGAAGUCCGAUAUUGCAAUGAUAUGGGUCCAUAUCUGAGAGAAGUGUUUUGUGCUUUCGUCGUCACCGAAAUCUGUAAUGGCGAGAUCGAGAGUAUUGAUACAAGAAACGCGUUAAAAAUGAAGGGCGUAGAGGCGUUCUUCAGCGUCGUUGAUAUACCGGGAAAGAAUCUAUGUAUUUCUGCCGUCAGCAAGUUGACGUCUUUACCAGAGGAUGAGUUGCUGUUCGCCGAAAAGGAUGUUUUGUAUGCUGGCCAACCGGUCGGCGUAAUCGUCGCGGAGACGCAUAGUUUAGCGAAUGAGGCUGCAAAAUUAGUACAAAUUAUAUAUAAGGAACCUCUGAAAACGAAGCCCGUGAUAAGUAUUGAAGAUGCUCUAAAUUCGCAGGACAAUACAAGAAUCAGGGAAAGCGCCAAUAUUCCAGCAAAGAGGAAAGGAACCGAUAUUAAACACGUGAUAAACGGCGUUUUUCAAUGCGGUGGUCAAUAUCACCAUACUCUUGAGACUCAAUCCUGCGUAUGCGUUCCAGUGGAUGAUGAUAUAGACGUCUAUCCAUCGUCACAAUGGAUGGAUCUCAUUCAAGUAUCGAUCGCUAAUUGUCUUAAUGUUCAAAAUAAUAGCAUCAAUGUGCAUGUCAAUCGACUUGGCGGUUCAUACGGUUCAAAAAUCUCACGCAACGCGCAAAUUUCAUGUGCUUGCGCAUUGGUAUGUCACAUACUGAGGCGUCCAGCGCGAUUCAUCAUGACGACGGAUAGCAAUAUGCAAUCGAUAGGCAAAAGAUGUUCUACUCGUCAAGAAUAUAAGAUCGGAGUGAACAAUGACGGAGUUGUACAGUAUCUCAAUUCGAAACACUGGAGCAAUUGCGGUUCUAGUUUCAACGAACCACAAGCAGCCAUGAUAGCUUCCUACAUGCAAAGAAGCUGCUAUUUAACUGAUACUUGGACGUUCAACGGAUUCGACGUGAGAACCGAUUUACCGUCAAAUACGUUUUGUCAGGCAUCAGGAUCCGCGGAAGGAGUGGCUAUGAUCGAGAAUUUAAUGGAGCAUAUUGCGAAAGUGACGAACAAGGAUCCGAUUGAGGUCAGACUGGCGAAUAUGAAUGAUAUUGAUAAAUCAGUUUUAAAACCCAUGAUAGAGGAUUUGUUGAAAAAGGCAAAUUACGAUAAUAGCAAAAGUAGCGCUGUUUGGUUCAAUUCAGAAAAUCGUUGGAAGAAACAGGAAGUUGCUUUGGUACCGAUGAAAUACUUGAUAACAUUUGAAGGACAAUUCCAUGCAAUGGUAUCAAUCUGCGCUCGCGACGGUUCGGUAUGCGUGACUCAUAGCGGAAUUGAAAUCGAUCAAGGUAUAAAUACAAAGAUCGCACAAAUAGCAGCUAAUGUACUGCAAGUCGAUAUCGAUACAGUUUCUGUUAAAGGAAGCAAUAAUUUAGCUUCACCCAACAAGUCAACUACAGGACACAGCGUUACCGUAGAAUACUGCGGAAACGCGACGCUCCACGCUUGCCUACAGAUUAUGAUUAGACUCGAGCCGAUAAGAAACAAAAUGAAAAAUCCGACAUGGAAGGAACUCAUUUUUAAAGCGUAUGAACUGGGCAUUGAUUUAUGCGCAAGUUACACGAUAGUAAAUGAGCCAACGGAAGAUAUUUACGGUGUCGCUACUGCCGUAGUAGAGAUCGAUGUACUGACCGGUCAGCACGUUAUCAGAAGGGUCGAUUUGAUGAUUAAAAAUGGUGUAAGCUUGAAUCCCGAAAUUGACAUCGGUCAAGUGGAGGGAGCUUUCGUGAUGGGAAUAGGAUACUGGACUUCUGAGGAUCUGAUAUAUAGUCCUGAUACAGGAGUAUUAACAAAUAACAGAUUAUGGAAUUAUAAGUCACCAGGAGCGAAGGACAUUCCUGAAGAUUUCCGCGUAUACUUACUCAGUAAAUCGUUCGAUGGAAUCGGUAUCUAUGGUUCGGAAUCAAUCGAAGAAUCAUCGCUUUGUAUGAGUUACGUGAUUCCAAUAGCGUUUCGCUACGCAUUGAAUUCCGCUAGAGCGGAUGCAGGGAAUACGAAAUGGUAUCAACUAGAUGGACCGUGUACUACCGAACGUAUACUUUUGACUAGCUUAACUAACAAAGACAUGAUGGUUUACGAAAAAGAAAAAUAUAGGAAUCGUUCUCAAAGAAACUGGUGUUUGAAGUAA